AGCAAGGGGAGCGCUUGGGGAUGGGAGUUGGAGGAGGCGGCCAAGAAGAAGACAGCGACAGCGGCGCGGGCUUCUUGCUCCCACGAGCGGUCCCCGAAGACAGCCGCGGCUCUCGACGCGGCCAGGAGGCCCACGAGGAAGACCCAGGUGCCGCGUCCCCGUCUCGCUUCCCAGGCGCCGGCGGCUGCAGCCUUGCCCAUCCUCCUCUCCUUGAAGAUGGAAAAGAUGCUGGUGGGCUGCUUUCUGUUGAUCUUCGGGCAGAUCCUCCUCCCUGCGGAGGCCAGGGAGCGGCCACCUUGGAGGUCCACCUCCAGAGGAAGACACGCCCGGACCCACCCGCAGACAGCCCUCCUGGAGAGCUCCUGUGAAAACAAGCGGGCAGACCUGGUCUUCAUCAUUGACAGCUCCCGCAGUGUCAACACCCACGACUAUGCCAAGGUCAAGGAGUUCAUCAUGGACAUCUUACAGUUCUUGGACAUUGGCCCUGACAUCACCAGGGUGGGCCUGCUCCAGUAUGGCAGCACCGUGAAGAAUGAGUUCUCCCUGAAGACCUUCAAGAGGAAGUCCGAGGUGGAGCGUGCUGUCAAGAGGAUGAGGCACCUGUCCACGGGCACCAUGACGGGGCUGGCCAUCCAGUAUGCUCUAAACAUCGCUUUCUCAGAAGCAGAGGGGGCCCGGCCCCUGAGGGAGAAUGUGCCGCGGGUCAUAAUGAUUGUGACGGAUGGGAGACCACAGGACUCUGUGGCUGAGGUGGCUGCAAAGGCACGGGACACAGGCAUCCUGAUCUUUGCCAUUGGCGUGGGCCAGGUGGACCUCAACACGCUGAAGGCCAUCGGGAGCGAACCUCACGAGGACCAUGUCUUCCUGGUGGCCAACUUCAGCCAGAUGGAGUCGCUGACCUCGGUGUUCCAGAACAAGUUGUGCAUGGCCCACAUGUGCAGUCUCCUGGAGCAUAACUGUGCCCACUUCUGCAUCAAUACCCCUGGCUCGUACACCUGCAGAUGCAAACAAGGAUACAUCCUCAACUCGGACCAGAAAACUUGCAGAAUCCAGGAUCUGUGCGCGGCCGAGGACCAUGGCUGUGAGCAGCUCUGCGUGAAUGUGCUGGGCUCCUUCGUCUGCCAGUGCUACAGUGGCUACACCCUGGCCGAGGACGGGAAGAGGUGUGUGGCUGUGGACUACUGUGCUUCAGAGAACCACGGGUGUGAACAUGAGUGUGUCAAUGCGGAUGGCUCCUACUCCUGCCGGUGCCCUAAAGGAUUUUCCCUUAACCCAGAUAAAAAAACAUGCACAAAGAUAGAUUACUGUGCCUUACCUGGUCACGGAUGUCAGCACGAGUGUGUGAACACACAUGAUUCCUAUUCCUGCCGCUGCCUAAAAGGCUUUACCCUGAAUCCAGAUAAGAAAACCUGCCGAAGGAUCAACUACUGUGCGCUGAAGAAGCCAGGCUGUGAGCACGAAUGUGUCAACACGGAGGAGGGCUACUACUGUCGCUGCCGCCGGGGCUACACCCUGGACCCCAACGGCAAGACCUGCAGCCCGGUGGAUCACUGUGCGCAGCAGGACCAUGGCUGCGAGCAGCUGUGCCUGAACACAGGGGAGUCCUUCGUCUGCCAGUGCUCGGAAGGCUUCCUCAUCAACGAGGACCUCAAGACCUGCUCCCGUGCUGAUUACUGCCUGCUGAGCGACCACGGCUGCGAGUACGCCUGCGUCAACACGGACAGAUCCUUUGCCUGUCAGUGUCCGGAGGGACAGGUGCUCCGCAGCGAUGGGAAGACCUGUGCCAGGAAAGACGUCUGCCAAGCAGGAGACCAUGGUUGUGAGCACGUUUGUGUGACCAGUGGCGAGUCAUACAUCUGCAAGUGCUUGGAGGGGUUCCGGCUCGCAGAGGACGGGAGACGCUGCAGAAAAUUGGACUCUUGUGCUCUGGGGGACCAUGGUUGUGAACAUUCAUGUGUAAGCAAUGAAGACUCUUUUGUGUGCCAGUGCUUUGAAGGGUAUACACUCCGUGAAGAUGGAAAAACCUGCAGAAGGAAAGACGUCUGCCAAGCAGUAGACCAUGGUUGUGAGCACGUUUGUGUGACCAGUGGCGAGUCAUACAUCUGCAAGUGCUUGGAGGGGUUCCGGCUUGCCGAGGACGGGAAACGCUGCAGAAGGAAGGAUGUCUGCAAGUCGACCCACCAUGGCUGUGAACACAUUUGUAUUAAUCAUGGCAGUUCCUACAUCUGCAAAUGCUCAGAGGGAUUUGUUCUGGCAGAGGAUGGGAGACGGUGCAAGAGAUGCUCCGAAGGCCCAAUUGAUCUGGUCUUUGUGAUCGAUGGAUCAAAGAGCCUCGGAGAAGAUAAUUUUGAGAUUGUGAAGCAGUUCGUCACUGGAAUUAUAAAUUCCUUGCUGAUUUCCCCCAAAGCUGCUCGAGUGGGGCUGCUCCAGUAUUCCACGCAGGUCCGCACAGAGUUCACCCUGAGAAACUUCAGCUCGGCCAAGGACAUGAAGAAGGCCGUGGCCCACAUGAAAUACAUGGGCAAGGGCUCUAUGACUGGGCUGGCCCUGAAACACAUGUUUGAGAGAAGUUUUACCCAAGCAGAAGGGGCCAGGCCUCUCUCGGCACGGGUGCCCCGCGUGGCCAUCGUGUUCACAGACGGACGGGCUCAGGACGACGUCUCCGAGUGGGCCAGUAAAGCCAAGGCCAAUGGUAUAACCAUGUAUGCUGUCGGGGUAGGGAAAGCCAUUGAGGAAGAACUGCAAGAGAUUGCCUCUAAGCCCACAGACAAGCAUCUCUUCUAUGCCGAAGACUUCAGCACAAUGGGCGAGAUAAGUGAAAAAUUAAAGAAAGGCAUAUGUGAAGCUCUGGAAGACUCUGGUGGAAGUCAGGACUCCCCAGCCAGGGAAUUGCCAAAGAGGGUUCACCAGCCGACAGAAUCUGAGCCAGUCACCAUAAAUAUCCAAGACCUACUUUCCUGUUCUAAUUUUGCAGUGCAACACAGAUAUCUGUUUGAAGAAGACAGUCUUUCACGGUCUACACAAAAACUGUUCCAUUCCACCAAAUCUUCAGGAAGUCCCUUGGAAGAAAACCCCGAUCAAUGCAAAUGUGAAAACCUUAUAAUGUUCCAGAACCUUGCAAAUGAAGAAGUAAGAAAAUUAACACAACGCUUAGAAGAAAUGAUACAGAGGAUGGAAGCCCUGGAAAACCGCCUGAGAUACAGAUGAAGACUGGAAGUACUCCGUAUUUGUGUGCCAUUGGAUCAAGGGUUACAAUGAAAGCAGUUCACAGCCCGAGCUCAGGCUAUGCUAAUUCUGUAAGGUCAUCAAGUAAACAUAAUUGGCACUGAGAAAGCUGGUUUGCUUUGGCACAAAGGCAAAAAAGUAGACACUAUCUUGUAUAAACUUAAGGAGAUAAAGAAUCCUAAAAUGAAUUUUCCAUGUGAGAACAAAGAAGCUACGCAAGAUAAUCUGUAACAUACUGUGGACAUGAUUUGCUUUUGCCAUGUCCUGCCUUAGAGUGUUGCAAUCACAUUUGACUACAGAGUAAAGUUUGCACGGUCUUACUUCUGUAGAACACUGGCCAUAGGAGAAGCUAUUUUUUUUGUAGUGGACUUUACCUUGAUAUAUGUAUAUGGAUGUAUGCAUAAAAUCAUAGGACACAUACUUGUGUAACAAGUUGGGUUUUUUAAA